AUGUCGACCGUACACAAUACUUACUUUCGGUACCAGCCCUUGGUGCUCAACGAGGACUCCGACGACGACAUGCGGUCCACCGUGUCCUCUUCGCUCUUCAGCGCCUCUGGCGACGUCGAUAUGAGUUCUGCGACCUCGUACAGUAUCGCCUCGAACCGAUCAGACUCUCCAGCACCUUCUUUCGUAUCCCUGACUCCUUCAAUGGAAGCAGCGGCAUUUAAGAUUGAGUAUGGUCGCGGGAUAAACAGCGCCUCGGACGUCUAUAGCUUACCUGCAGACGACGAGGAGCUCGAUCGUCUGGAUCGACAGCACCUUCUUUUCAUCGAGGUCAUGGGUAAAUACCCACGGACAAUACGACAGGUUCUUACCCCAGCUUUCCCUGGGGAUACUAAGAAUGUCUUGGAUUUGGGAUGUGGAAGCGGGAGCUGGAUCAUGCAAAUAGCCCGCGACUUUCCCAGUUGCGACGCCGUCGCCGUGGACUUGGUCCCAAUGCAGUCUACGGCUAUGCCUUUCAACUGCAGGAGCGAAGUCGAUGACAUCAACCUCGGCCUCCAGCAUUUCUACGACGACUUCGAUUUCGUCCACGCCAGGCUCAUUUCCUCUGGGAUAAAGGACUUCCCGGCCCUCAUCCAUGAAAUUGCACGGACCCUAAAACCCGGAGGACUCCUUGAGCUGAUGGAGUUUGAUUUCCACGCGUACGACCGGAAAUUCCAGCAAAUAGUCGCGCCGAUCGAGACCAUCGAUAGGCCGUGGUGGCCCCGCUGGCUUGCCUUCGCAGAGAUGGCCGUCAAUCAACGUGGUGGGACUCCCGACGCUGCGAAUCACCUGGAACGAUGGGUUCGAACGCAUGGCGCAUUUGAAGAGGUCGCAUAUCAAGACCACUGGAUUCCGACCGCCCCCUGGAGUAGAUCAGAACCUUGGAAACACUGGGGCGACGAGAUGCGCGAAGACAUUUAUGCAUUCAUGGCCUCUGGAAGGCCCUUGCUUUUGGGAAUCGGCGUGCCGGAAAGCCUUGUCGACGAGCUCGAAGAAAAGGCAACUGAAGAGCUGAGGGGCGCAAGACAAGUCACAUAUAUUCGUCUACAACGAGUAAUUGCGCGCAAACGCCACGGCUGGAUCGCUCCGGAGAUACUCCUCGAGCAAGAAGAGGCACGGCGCCAGCAGGAGCAGGAGCAGCAGCAAGAAGCAUUCCAAUCCCUAACUAUAUAG